AUGGCCAACGACUCCACCACCCAUCCCGUGGGCAACAACCGCUUUCUCCAGCGCGCGUAUGCACUAUCCAGCGCUGCCGAAGCCCGUGACCUCUACAACGAGUGGGCGUCGGAAUACGACAAGGACCUCGCGGCCGAGGACUAUGCCGCACCCAGACUCGCCGCACAGGCGCUGGUCGAUGCGGUCGCCCACGAUGGGGUCGCACAGCAGCAGCAGCAACAGCGGCUAGGGGGCCUCGAGAUCUUAGACGCCGGCUGCGGCACGGGGCUGGUGGGCGUGGAGCUCGCGCGGCUCGAAUCCAGGCAGCACGUCACAGGCCUGGACAUCAGCUCGGGCAUGCUGGCCGUCGCACGCCGCACGGGAGUCUAUGCCGCGCUCGAGCAGGCCGACCUAUCCCACCCGAUCGCGAAGCCCGACGAGUCCUUCGACGCCGUCGUCUGCGUGGGCACCCUUACCCGCGGCCACGUCGGUCCGCAGGUCCUUGAGGAAUUUGUGCGGGUGGUAAAGCAUGGGGGAUUUAUCGUCGUGACCGUCCUCGACGAUAUCUGGGUCAGUGCCGGGUUCAGCGCCGAGGUCGAGCGCUUGCGGACGGCCAGUGCCAGUAUGAAUAAGAUUGAGGUCCUGCGCUCAGAGGUGAUGGGCUUCAGGUCGACGACGAAUGUUGGUGGGAGGCUCUUGGUGCUGCGAAAGGUGUAA